AUGAGUUGCAGAUCAAGUAGUAAAGUCAGCUGUUUCUCAUCAUGGCUUCUGCCUGCCGCCGGUACGGCCAUGAUCGUUGCUCUCCUGGCCGUUAUGACCAUGAUGCCCAUACGGCCGUGCUCUGCUGUCCAUCACGCGGCACAACCAGGUAAUCACAAGGAUUUAUGUCCGGGCAGAUUCAAGCUCAGUGGUGCUCUGUGGUCCAUCGUAUGUGUGGUGCUCUCUUACCUCCCUAAUUUUCUCUCCAACCACCUCUCUUUGACAGCCGGAAGGCCCAACACAAAGCAGUACAUCGUGCAUCUAUCGUCGGUGCCGCCAGUGCUGUCGUACCGGGGGGGAGUAAACGGGCUGCAGGCCACAGCGACCGUCGACGAUGAGGACGACGAGUAUGAGGACGAGGAAGACGUGGAUGACGUGGGUGAUGAGGAUUAUGGGGAGGAUGGCGAUGCUGUUGGUAAUGGCAAUGGGGGCAUCGGUGGAGUUGGCGGCAAUGGCACUGCACCAGGAUCAGCAGCAGCAUCAGGAGCAGCAGCAGGGGUAGCUGCAACAAUGGCAGCGGCAGAAUCAAAAGAGCAACUGAGAGGGUCAGAAUCUGGUGAGAAUGGCUUUGAUGCCGAUGUUCAGUUUGCUGCUGCAUCUGCUGCAGAGGCGGCGUUGGAGAUGGCAGGGGUAGCAGCAGCAGCAGCAGGUGGGGCAGAAAGAGGAUUGGGAGGAGUGGGAAGCGGAGGAGGAGGAAUCAGAGGAGCGGUGAAGGUGAGCGCACUGCCGUUUGGGCGAACCGGGGUGGAUGCGCUGGUGGAGAGGGUGGGUCAGCGGCUGAGAAAGAUGAAAUCGCGGUCUGUUGGGCGGCGCCUGCUGGCCCGCGUUGCUGCUGCUGCAGUGGCCGCAGCAGCAGAGGAAGCAGCAGCAGCAGCAGCUGGUGGUGGUGCAGGUGCAGCUGCUGCUGCUGUCACACAGCCAUUCCAAAACUCAUCCUUUUACCCGUCCACCGUUUCUGCUACUGUCAGCAGCGUUCCUAUCACUCUGUCAUCUGCAUCAUCAUCAGCAGCACCCCGAGAGGGUGGUGCCAGCUCAGCAUCAGCAUCAUCAUCAGCAGAAGCUGCGCCAGUCGGAGAGAAGGCACCGAUGGCAAGUGGAGCCACGUCAGCAGUGCUGACGGUGCAGCAGCUGAGUGCACGUGCGGCACGCAUCAUGCGCUCAACGCCGUGGGGCCGACUCACGCGACCCGACGUGCGGUUACCACACGUCCAGGAUUUCACACGCUUCCUGGAAGCUUCUCACCGCAGCCUGCUGCAGUCGCUUAAGAUCCCUUCCUCAGCCAUUUUCCACAGGUGGGGAGGGGGGAUAGGGGGGAAGAGGGGUGGUGUGGGUAGCUACACCUAUCUGAUGAACAGCUUCGCAGCGCAGCUCACCGCUGCAGAGGUGAGGCGACUCAAAUUGCACCCAGCAGUGGCAGACGUGGAGAGAGACCGCACAGUGCGAGUGACCUCGGUGCACUCCCCCCAGUUCCUCAAGCUCGACUCGAGCCUGUGGCCAGCUAAUGGCGGGCAGAGCAACGCAGGAGAGGGAGUGAUCAUCGGAGUGAUCGACACAGGGAUCUGGCCCGAACACCCAUCCUUCUCCAACCCUCCCGAACACCCCUCCUUCUCCAACCCUCCCGAACACCCCUCCUUCUCCAACCCUCCCGAACACCCCUCCUUCUCCAACCCUGACCAAAACGGAGUGCCUUAUUCUGCUGCCCCGGUGCGCUGGAGAGGCGUAUGCAGCACAACAGACGACUUCACGGCGUGCAACGGCAAGGUGGUUGGGGCGAGAGCCGCUGCUGGAAACGCAGGUGUGGAGGUGACAACAGGCGGCCGAACCUAUGGCACAGCUUCGGGCAUGGCACCCCGAGCCAGACUGGCAAUAUACAAGGCGCUGUGGAACACUGUGACAUCUGAAGGGGUCGGGUCGUUUUCUGAUCUUGUUGCUGCUGCGGAGAAUGCAGUAGCUGAUGGGGUGGACGUGAUAUCAUGCUCGUGGGGGGGGCCUCUUCCCUUGUACUUCCAAGAUCUGCCCUACCUGCGAGGCCUAAAGGCUGGAGUGGUCACAGCCUUUGCGGCUGGAAACUCGGGUCGGCCCAACAGCAAGUUCAUGUGGGGCACUCUUUCGACUGCCUCUCCCUUCUACCUCACAGUGGGAGCAAGCCUUCUUUCCUCUACGCUUUCCUCUUCUCUCUCCUCGCUUCCCUUCUGUACUUCUCCAACUCCUCCGUCCUCUAUUCUCUCAUCUAUUCUCUCCUCUGUACCCUCCUCUCUUCACUCAUAUCUUCCCUCCACUCUUCUUUCCUCCAAUUCCUGCUCAUUUCCCCUCUCGUCUCUCCACUCUUCCCUCAUCACUGCCUGCAACUCUUCCCUCAUUGCUUCCCUAUCCCUUCCCUGUUUUCUUCUUCCAUCGCUUCCCUAA